GGUGGCGGACUGGCAGAGCUGAGAGAAAGCAGUGGGAAGUUGGAAGAUGGGGUCUUCCAGUGUGGUUUUUAUCGGGCUGAUCUACACGCUGAGGACUAUGAGCACAGCAGGUCAUCUGGAGCCCAUGGUGGAGGAGCUUAAUGAAACCGUAAUUUGUACCAACGCCCACAUGGACGUCAUCAUUCCAAGUGCUUUUUUCCUCAACAAGGUGCCUCCAGUUUAUGUUGAGGAUUUGCAUCUAAAUGAUCCAGAAUGUCGUGGAGAGGAGAUCGGGGACGACUUUGUUUUUAGCAUAAGGACAAAUCUCUCAGACUGUGGGACCAUAAUGGUCUCUGAUGAAACACACAUUAUGUUCAUCAACACUAUACACAACAACUAUUCAGACGUCAUCACAAGGAACUACAUAAACAUCACAUUUGUGUGCCGCUACCCCAUAAACUACAUGGUGCAGCAACCUAACAGCGAAAACAUGAUCCGAGUCGACCUAAGAAGCAUCAUUCUAAGUACUGAGGAGGGGAAUUUCUCAGUUUCAAUGCUGUUGUACAAAGAUGAAGCCUUUGAGGACAGAUGGACGACCAUGCCUUCUCUCACACUAAAUGAAAACGUCUUUGUGAAAGUUUUCAUGAUACCAGCUCAUCUGAUGCUGCGUUUGGAGAGAUGCUGGGCCACGCCCACCAGCGAUCCUUAUGGCAACAUCCAGUACACCUUCAUCAGAGACAGUUGUCCAGUGCUGGCCAACAAGCAGACUCUCAGUGUCCUGAAGAACGGUGAGGGUCCAGAGGCCAUGUUCAGGAUCCAAAUGUUCAAGUUUGUUGGCAGCUCUUACACUUAUGUCUUCCUGCACUGCAACGUCCAGAUCUGCCACAGCAGCCCGAAUGUGUGCAAACCUAACUGCACUACUGCAGAUGGUUUUCUGAGGAUACGGAGAGACAUCCCAUUAUCCCACACUGUGUCCUACGGGCCUAUAAGACGACUUUUCACUGCCAGUGAAAAACCAAAUCCGAAUCCCAGCGGUAUCCCUCCAGUAGAGACACUUGUCCUUGGAGGUUUGCUGGUCAUCUUGCUGUUCAUCACCGGGGUGUUUGGGAGGCUGUGGCUUCGCUCCAGACGUUUCUAUCCAGCACAGGAGGCACAGCUGACGCUGUCUAAUAUUCACCACAUCUCUGAGGUGGCUUCAUGAAAGGAGGCCUUUACUGAACAACUGGACAGAGAAAAACUAAAGUGUACAGAUUUUAACAAUG